AUGAAAGAAAAAGAUAUCCAAGGCGCUAUUACGACCUCGGCCGAGGUCGACGAAACAGCCCCCGACGAAGCAACAAAGCAUCUCCGAAACAUCAAGGAAGCCCACCACUGGGACCCCAAUCUUCCACAAGAAGUCCUCGAUGAAAUCGACGACGCCCUCGAUACUUCCAACAAAAACACCCAAGACGAUGUUGCCCAUGAGUUGCUGGACAAUUCGCCGUAUCCUGAAGUCCGCGCCGCGGUCCCCAACCGUGAUGAGGGUGGGCACAGCAACACCAUCCGCGCGUGGACCAUCGGCUUGCUUUUCGCGACCAUUGGCUCUGCACUAAAUAUGCUUUUCUCCCUGCGCCAGCCGUACAUUGUGAUUCCGUCGUACGUGGCGCAGGUAGUCGCCUACCCCGUGGGAGUUGCGUGGGCCAAGACCAUGCCGAACCGGAAGUACAAGCUCUUCGGUCUUGAAUUUAACCUGAAUCCAGGCCCGUUCAGCAAAAAGGAGCACGCCAUUGUGGUGAUCAUGGCCAACGCGACCUUUGGCGGCGGUGCAGCCUAUGCGACUGAUGUCCUCCUCGCCCAGCGAGCCUUCUACAACAAGCGCUUCAGCUGGGCAUUUGAGAUCUUUAUGUGCAUCUCGACACAAAUGCUGGGUUUUGGACUGGCGGGCUUCUUCUACCGCUUCCUGGUCACUCCUGCUGCGAUGAUCUGGCCCUCUACCCUCAUCAACACGACGCUCUUCACGGCAUUACAUGACCGCAGCAAGCCGGAUCCGCGGACUGUGUCUGGGUGGACAAUUGGAAAGUACCGCAUGUUCCUGUACACCAUGCUUGGGUCAUUUGUGUGGUACUGGUUCCCUGGUUACAUUGCGCCGUUUCUGAGCAUCUUUGCAUUUCCGACAUGGAUACGACCCAACAAUGUGGUAGUUAACCAGUUAUUUGGAGGCUCGUCGGGUCUCUCGUUGAUACCUUUGACGUUCGAUUGGACGCAGAUAUCUGGGUUUAACUUCAGUCCGCUGAUUGCGCCGUGGUAUGCCAUCGCGAAUACGCUUAUUGGCAUGGUGGUGUUCUUCUGGAUCGUCGCGGCAGCCAUCCACUACUCCGGCUUGUAUUAUUUCAAGUACUUACCGAUCAGCGACUCGAAUAGUUACGCCAACACUGGCGCAGUGUAUGAUGUCUCCCGCAUCCUGACACCAAACCUCACUCUCGACGUGGAGAAAUACAAAUCCUACUCGCCCUUGUUCCUUUCAACCUCCUUUGCCCUCAGCUACGGUCUAUCCUUCGCCAGCAUCAUCGCCGUCCUCAUACACACAGGCCUCUUCCACGGAAAGGAACUCUGGACACGCUUCCGCCAUCUCGGCCGCGAGGAUGAAGAUAUCCAUGCCCGACUAAUGUCCCGUUUCCGCAAUGUGCCCUGGUGGUGGUAUGCAGCCACAACACUGAUCAUGCUCGGCAUUUCCCUUGGCGUGACACAGGGAUACCCGACCGAGCUCAGCUGGUGGGCGUUUUUCAUCUCGCUCAUCAUUGCGAUUGUGUGGUUCGUGCCGUUGGGAAUUGUCAAGGCCGCGACGAAUGUGGAUAUUGGGUUAAAUGUGAUCACAGAGUUCGUGGUGGGGUAUAUGCAGCCUGGCAAGCCGAUGGCAAUGAUGUUGUUCAAGACGUAUGGGUACAUUACCAUGUUGCAGGGAUUGUAUUUCUGUCAGGAUAUGAAGUUGGGACACUAUAUGAAAAUUCCCCCAAGACUAACAUUUGCCACACAAAUGGUGGCUGGCUUGUGGUCAUCCAUCGUGCAAAUCGCCGUCAUGAACUGGGCGCUCAGCACCAUCCCAGAAGUCUGCUCCUCCACCCAAGCGAAUAACUACACCUGUCCCAACGGCCGUGUCUUCUUCAAUGCCUCCAUCAUCUGGGGAGCCAUCGGCCCAGCGCGCAUGUUUUCACCAGGACAGAUCUAUUCAGGUCUGUUAUGGUUCUUCCUCGCCGGCGCGAUAUUUCCCGUGGUCAUUUACAUAGCCGCGCGAGUCUUCCCGAAAUACAGACUUCUGAAGUUCCUCAACGCACCACUUAUAUUCGGCGGUGCAGGCCUAAUUCCUCCCGCUACACCACUGAAUUAUCUCUCCUGGGGCAUUGUCGGGUUCCUAUUCAACAAGCUCAUUCGGGAUCGGUUUCGCGGUUGGUGGAUGCAGUAUAACUAUGUGUUGUCGGCGGGAUUGGACGUUGGUUUGGCGUUGUGUACUAUUUUGAUCUUCUUGACGUUGAACUUGACUUCAACGAGCUUUCCGGAGUGGUGGGGUACGAGGAUUGCGAGUGAUACAAUGGAUAUAAAGGACACAGCGGUGCAGAUUGUGUUGCCUGAGGGGGAGACGUUUGGGCCGAGGACGUGGUAA